UCCCGCUAUCCACUUGUGGUCACACCGGCGUCGUUUAUAAAAAAAUUGUGAAAUUUUCUCUAUUUUGUUGGAAAAAAUAAAAAAAAUGGGUUCCUCGUCGUCCGGAAAGAAGCACAAGAAGGACAAGAAGAACCGGCAUCGGUCGCGCUCGCCGGAUCGCCAGCGGCGGGCGACGGAGGACGAGGAUGUGACCCUCGACCUUACGGACGACUCCUCGUCGCGUCACAGACACCACAAGCACAAGAAGCACAAGGAACACAAGGAACAUAAGGAACACCGCCACAAGCACCACAAGCACAAGGAGCGCGAGCGGCCCAGCGAGGUCAUCUCCCUGGAGGAAUCGGACUCGGAUAGUUCCGAUUGCGUGGAGGUUCCGGUGCAGGAGCAGGCCAAGCAGGUGAGGGAUGCCAGGGAGUCCUCCAAUCGCGACAGGGAGCGGGAAUCUGGACGAGAGCGUGAACUUCUAAGGCAAAGGGAACGUGAGCGCGAGCAUGAGCGGGAACGUGAGCGGGAACGCGAGAGGGAUCGGGAAAAGGAGCGCGAAAGGGAGCGGGAGAAGGAGCGCCUCAGGGAGCGGGAGGAACGCGAAAGGGAACGUGAAAAGGAACGUCUCAAGGAGCGCGAGAAGGAGCGGCUCAAAGAGCGUGAAAGGGAACGCGAACGAGAACGAGAACGGGAGCUGACCGCUCCCCCACCGCCACAAAUCUCCAGGCAUGCCGAAUACGAUUCCCGGCGAGAGCGCGAGAUUGAGAGGGAGCGGGAGGCUCGCAAGCGAUCGGGCAGAGAACGCGAACGGGAACGUAACCGGGAACGCUCCCGAUCCCAGUCUCCACCGCAGGCCUCGCGCAAACCAGCCGCCAGGGAACGCGAGCCCUCUUCACGUUCCUUCUCGCCCAUACCUGAAAAUGGAGCCGGCGAUGUCCUUUCCAUUACGGAAACGAACAAGCUUCGCGCCAAGCUGGGCCUAAAGCCACUCGAAGUGGAUAGUGGCCCAAGCAAGGUGGCGCCGCCUGCAGCAAACAGUAGCCAGGCUGAGAACAAGAAAUCGUCUGGCGAGGCCGAUCUCUCAUCGUACAAAGAUGAAUGGGGCGAGUUCUUGCACAAGCCGGCCGACAACCUUAAGGAGAAAAGGCAGGCAGAAAAGCUGCGCGAGAAGCUCAAGCAGCGCAAGGAAAAGCGUUUUUUGGAGGAGCGCCUGGCUCGCAUUAAAACGCUGGGAGAAUCGGACGAGGAAACGGAUAAUGUAUCCAAGUGGGUGGACAAAAACAAGCGAGUGGUCAACGAACGCGAAGAAGCCAAGCGCAAGGCCAAAGAGCUGGAGGAGCUGGAUGAGGCCUUUGGUGUUUCGGAGCUGCUCGAGCAAGAGAAAACCAAAGCCCGUCAGCGUGCCUAUGGCGAUAACAAUCUAAAGGGCCUGCGAGUGGAUCACGACAUGGAUGAUUUCGGCGAAGGACGCACGGUUAUUCUAACACUCAAGGAUCAAGAUGUGCUUAACGAAGAGGAGGGUGAUACUCUAGUCAAUGUGAACAUGGUCGACGAAGAGCGUUAUAAGAAGAAUGUGGCCAACAAGAAGCAGAAUCCGCUCAGUUAUGGCUACAAUGUGUACGAGGAGCAGUACGAUGAACUGGGUAAUCCCAUAGAGCGUUCGGUGCUGGAGAAGUAUGAUGAUGAAAUUGAGGGCCAGCCGAAAAAACGAAAGAACUUUGUGAUUGGCGAGAGUAUGGAUGAGGAGCGGGAGCACAGACGCAAGCUUCUGGAGAUUAAAACCAAAUUAGCCGGCAAGCGUUUGGAAACUUUGGAGGAUACCAACUUGCAGCUAGCAUCGGACACAUACAGUACAGAAGAACUGGCCAAAUUUAAGAAGCCAAAGAAAAAGGUUAAGAAACUUCGCCAAAAACUAAAAGCCGACGAUCUUGAGCCUUUGGUGGAGCCGGGAACUUCCAAUUUUGGUAGUCGUGGUGGACGGUAUCGUGAUCACGAGGAUGAAGAGAUGGAAGUGAUUAAAACUGAAGUUAAAGUGGAAGCAGAGGAUGACGAUUUAGAACGCGUUUUGGCGAAGGCUCGCAAGCUAAAACAAAAGGAGAAUAUCAUCAAGAAGCCCUUGCCCGUCGACUUCGAGAAUAUUCAGCGGGAAAUUAAACCUGAACCCGUUGAGGACACCAGUUCAGGUGUGGUUCUUACCGGUGUGGAUGGCAACAUCGUAUUAAACGCCACAGCGGAGUUUUGCCGCACUUUGGGCGACAUUCCCACGUACGGUAUGGCGGGCAACCGUAACGAGGACUCCAACGACAUGAUGGACUUUGAUAAGACCGAUCAGCCGGAGGAGCACAUGGACACUCAUGACGAUGAGCCUUCCAUGAAUCACGGAACCUGGAAUUCAGUUAACCCAGAUGAAGUGAUGCAGCCCGCCGAUUUGGAUAAUCUGGGAGAUGACCUGGAGGAUCGUGCCAUUUUAGACGAGGAGCCCGACGUAGGAGCUGGCGUAGCGAAUGCCUUGCGGUUGGCUCUGUCUAAGGGAUACCUCGAAAAGGAGGAGAAGAAUAGGCCAAGCAACACAAAAAUGGCUCAUCUGCAGGCCAAGAAUUAUUCCAUUGAGGAUAAAGCUGCUGGUGAGGACGAAAAGGUUGGGCGCCGUGAUCGCUUUCACUUUGGGCCCAUUACGGACUUCAAGGACAAGGAGACCUUCAAGCCCAAUGUCAAGCUGGAUUAUAUCGACGACAAUGGUCGCAUAUUGAACCUCAAAGAGGCUUUCCGGUACUUGUCACAUAAGUUCCACGGCAAGGGACCGGGAAAGAACAAGAUUGAAAAGCGUCUGAAGAAAAUGGAACAGGAUGGGCUAAUGAAGACCAUGAGCUCGACUGAUACACCAUUAGGAACUCUGACCAUGUUGCAGCAAAAGCAAAAGGAGACAAAGACCGCUUAUGUGGUGCUCAGUGGCAACAAUAAAAACGCGCCAGGGGUCAGCGGCAACUCAAUAGCCAAGUUCAAGUAGAGAAGGAAGAAGCAAAGAAAAGCGAUUAAUUUACCAAGAUAACCAUAACCAAAUGCAAUAGAUACUUCCUAAUCCGCGUACUAAAUACUUAAGUUUUGAACUCCUAUUUGUGCAUCCGGCCCAAAUAUGUAAUUCUCUUCAUAUUUAUUCAAAUACACUUUGGAUUUAUCUUAA